AUGAAGUACACUGCGCCGCCCCAGCGCGACUCCUGGUUCGCCCCGCUAUCAAUCGACCUCAUCAUCAAGGUCCUCAAAGUGACCUUCCUCCAUCCCUUCAUCUGCUGGAUCAUCCCGCUAUGUUUUCGCGCGCAAAACUACCCAUAUACCCACUUCAAGAUGGUGUACUCGAUCAUCUGGGCGACCUUCAUCACGCUCUGCUGGAUGGCCGGCAUCAUAAAUAAGAGGAUGGCCUUUGGUCUACCCAGGGAAGUCGAUCUCGGCGAGGAGGUUAUCGUCAUAACGGGCGGCGCGAGCGGCCUGGGAUUGUUGAUUGCGGAGGUGUAUGGUAUGAGGGGAGCUUCGGUGGCCGUGCUGGAUGUCAAUGAGAUGGAGAAUUUGGAGGCGAGGGGCGUCACAUUUUAUAGAUGUGAUAUCACGGAUAAGGAGGCGCUUGCCAAGGUCGCCAAGCAGGUCGAGGCAGAUCUCGGAACGCCCACGGUCCUCAUCAACAACGCCGCCAUCGUCCAUGGCAAGACGCUCCUCGACAUGUGCUUCUCCGAGCUCGAUAAGAGCCUCACCACAAACCUCACGGCUCAGUUCUACGCCAUCAAGACCUUCCUCCCCGCCAUCAUCCGCGGCGGCAAGGGCGGCACCGUCGUCACCAUCUCUAGUGUUCUGGGCCACGUCGGCGCCGCCCGCCUCACGGAUUACUCGGCCGCCAAAGCCGGGCUUACGGCCCUCCACAAGUCCCUCACGGCCGAGCUCCGCGCGUCCCACCCGGACAUCCGCACCGUCCUCGUCGAGCCGGGUCAGCUCAGCACGCCGCUCUUCUACGGCGUGCAGACGCCCAACUCGUUCUUCGCGCCCGUCGUCGAGCCCGUCGACGUCACCAAGGAGAUCGUCGCGGCUAUCGACGGCGGGUACAGCACGCACGUCGGGUUCCCGUUUUAUGCGAGGUGGAUCGAUUAUUAUAAUAUUCUCCCGCUGGGCCUGCAGCAGUUGGCGAGGAAGCUGGCUGGGGUGGAUACGGCGAUGGAGACGUUCAUUGGGAGGCAGGGAAUGGCUGCUAUGCAGAAGGCCUAG